AUGGCUACCUUAAUAAGCUACAUCGCAGCAAUUUUACCCCGACUUCUCUUUGUGGCUCACAGUAUUGUUGCCUUGUGGCUUCUUGUAUCUUUCAAUCCAGGACAGACGAUUUUUUGGGGUUUCUGUGUCGGCCUGGUAUGCCUGUUUGUGGAGUCCAUUUACACCAUUAUUGUACGCAAAGGAGUGGAGUACAAGUACUUUUGGCCUAGUUGUUUUUUCUACCUAUGUACCCUUCUGCCCAUUACUUGGUCUGCUGAGUUAACUCUACUGGAAGGAAGAGUAAAUAACGUAACUGACGAGAAAAUGAUGAUUGUGUCCAUGGCGCAAACGUUCUACUUUGGUCAAGAGGAGCUGAAGAAGUUUUGUGAGAUUGGGCUGAUGUUAAUCAUCAUCUUGGGUCGGUGGAUACUUCCUCGUGGUGUAAUUACACGUGACCAACUCUCGAUCCUUCUUCUUGAAUACGUGGCCAUUGCAGCUGAUAUUUUAGAGUUGUUUGAGGCUUUUGAAGAUGAUCAGGUAGCCCGUAAUAAGGAUAUAACAUUGGCUACCCUGGCUGUGUUUUCAUGGAGUCUUUUUCAAUUCACUUUGGUUACUACAUCAAUGGGGAAGAAAACUGAUGACCAAGAAGACAAUUUAGAUCACAAUGGAAACGAUUUACGGGUUGAAGAUGGUUUGAGCAGAAAAUAUCUCCGGAAAGCUGCUCAUGCUAAGAAACGCGAAAGCCGAAGAAAACGACGAGAGACGUAUCAACUGUACAAUGAAGACGAUGAAAUGAGAAAACUUGAACUCCAAGGAGACCGAUAUGGUAUCAUAGCAGCCAUGUUUAUACAAGAUGGCCCAUUCUUAAUCCUUCGACUUUAUCUGGUCUUCAAAUACGACUUCCUAAAUGACUCCAAAUUUUCUUUUUACAUCGGCAAGAAUUUCAUUUCCCUACUCCUGAUGAUAUAUCGUCUUUACGUAAUUCACUUUCAUGCCAAAGAGGAGGAAUUCACCUUACCAAGGAAAAAAUCAUUUCGAAGCCUUUCCUUCAUGCUGAUUGGAGUUCAGAGGUUCAGGUCAAGAAAAUCAACGCGAGGAAACAAAGCCGAUCCAAGAAGUAAAAGACUACGACAAUUGCAAUGGAUCCACAGAGUCUACAGUGUCAACAAUAAUUGCUAG